AUGAACAAUCCAAACGCGCACCGCAAGAUGACGCCCAAGGGCCAGAUGAGCUCUAGCGGCAUGGGACCCGCCAUCAUGCACUUGCCCACGCACCUGAAAGUUUUGUUUGAGCCUAAUGCACCGCUGGACCAUUUACCACGUCUAGUGAAGCGCAAAAUGCCGCCGUAUUCCGGUCUUGCCGACUUCUUGGACACGUUCGAGACGGAGAAGCCACCGCCUCGAGAAGUGCAAGAGACGCCCAAGGAGCGUCGUGACCGUCGUCGACAGGAAAAGAUGGCAGAAAACAAUGCCAAGAUGAAGGAAGAUCAAGCCAAGUGGGAUCCAAACGCAGAAGACCCAAGGAAAACUCAAGACGCGUACAAGACGCUCUUUGUAGGACGCAUUAGCUACGAGACUACAAAGCAGCAGCUUCGUCACGAGUUUGAGCAAUACGGACCUGUCAAGAGUGUUCGACUGGUGGAAGAUCCAGAAGGCAAGUCACGCGGCUACGGCUUUGUGGAGUAUGAGAAGGAGGCGGAUAUGAAGGCUGCAUUCAAGUUUGCUGAUGGCAAAAAGAUCGAUGGGCGGCGUGUAGUCGUGGAUGUUGAGAGAGGACGUACCGUGCGUGACUGGUUGCCUCGUAAGUUUGGUGGUGGCAUUGGUGAAACUCGCAAGGGAGGGGCGGAUGUUAAUGUCAAGUACUCGGGAAGAGAAGCAAUUGGACACUUUCAGGUGGGUGCGUCCCGUGAUGAGGGAGCGACAAGGACGGAUCGGUUUGGACCUCGCGAACCUCCGCGCGAUAGAAGCCGCAGUCGUGGACGUGGACGUGAGCGACGUCGAUCACGAUCAAAAUCGAGAUCGCGGGACCGACGACGCGAUCGCGGCGGUGACCGCAGUCGUGACCGUGAUCGCAGCCGUGACCGGGAUCGUGGUCGUGAUCGUGAUCGCCGUAGCAGCCGUGGUUCGCGUGACUAUUCCCGUAGACAUUAA